AGGGAGGCAGGUCUUGGGACAUACUCCUCCUUUUAAAGUUACCUACUCUUAAAUAGAUGACAGUUACACUGGUUGGGUUGGUGAUAAACUUCAAGUGUGUGACGACCUGAUUUCACCGCUCCUCGCUGAAGAAAAAGGGAAGGACAUGAACGCUACUUCUCCAGAACUCAGGAACAACAUUUCCUGUUGUGGCUCCAUUGAUGACUUCAAACACAUAGUGUACCCUGUAGCCUACUUGAUUAUUUUUGUCCUGGGAACUGCCGGCCACUCUUUAUCUGUCUGCUUCUUCUUCAGCCAAUGGCGAGCUCAGAAGAGUUUCACUCCAGUCAACUUGAUAAUGGUGAACCUAUUAGCGUCGGACCUAAUGCUGGUGUGCUCUCUUCCUCUGAAGAUAUCCUACUACCUACUAGACUCUUAUUGGCCAUUUGGUGACAUCACAUGUCGAGUUCUAUCCUUACAGUUUUAUCUGAACAUGUACAGCUCAAUCUAUUUCCUAGUGGCCCUCAAUGUCUUGCGUUACCUAGCGCUGGUGUGGCCAUACCUGUACCUACGCAUACAGACCCACUACUGUGUCGGUAUUGUGUGUUGUCUCAUUUGGUUGUUAAUAGCUUUGGCCGGCAUUCCACUGCUGUUCCCAGAGAGGGGAAAUAAUGGUGAGAGCAGUGCUCGGUGCUUGGAGCUGUCAUCGGAAAACAUGGAAAACUUAAUCUUAAUCAAUAAUGUCUCUUUUCCAUUGGGCUUCGGGGUGCCCUUAGUGGUCAUCAUUUUCUGCUCUGUCUUUGUUGUGAAGAGUCUUCUGAGACCUAGUCCUGCAAUUGGUAGGCCCAGACCUUGCAGGAAAAAGGCAUGUGCUCUGGUUAUCAUCAGCCUUGGGAUCUUUCUGCUGUGCUUUUUGCCAUAUCAUGUAGUGCGAACGAUCUUCUUAUCUGCAGAGAAGCAUGUCAAGAUGAAUGAAUACAGAGGCUCCUGUCACAAUCUUUGUGUAGUUCGGAAGGCUGCUGUCAUAUCACAUUGUUUGUGCAUUGCCAACAGUUGUCUGGACCCUAUUCUUUUCUUCUUCGUUGGGGAAAAUUUCCGAAAGUUCUCUGCUAAAUGGAUGAGAAGAAGAAAACUGCAGCAGGAAGAGUUGCAAGUUUUGUAGAGGUGAACGAAACAAAAGAUGAACAGAUAACAAAAAACAGACAGAAAUAGGUCAUGUUUCGAGUGCUGUCAUUUUUAUAACCUUUUAGAAGUGAUCAGCCUUUGCAUUGCAAUGCUGAAUGUUAUUAGUUAUGUCUUCAAUACGCAAUUACAUUGUGUUGGUCUUAUACUGAGGUUUCACUUUUCCCUGUGAGUCAUUGGCAGCCUAUGUUUGUACAGUCCUAAUGAUAAACUCUCAGAGCUAUCAAGGAGCAUAAAAACUUUAAGCAAAGCAUGUGACUUCCUGCAGACACCUACUUCUACAGCAUGCCUUAUCACCACAUAAAACAUAAAUGUGUCAUCGUGCAAAUUCCUUGUUUAAGUUUACAUUCUUUUAAAGUUUUAAAUGUUAGAUGUCUGUGUGGUUUUCACUUGUUGAAUUCACACAAGUAAGCAUGUGGGAGCCAAGGUCAAAUAAGGCUUGACAUCAGUUGAUAUCUUUUUAACAUCUAGGUAUUCUUCCCCUGCAAACGUUCAGAUUGAAACUGACUUUGAACCUUAUUCUGGCUUGUUUAGUUACAAUUUUAAAUCAGUGGUUUUCAGUUGGUGGGUCAUAACCCAAAAAUGGACUGCAGGACUUAACUGAUACAGUCAUGGACAGCAGGGGAAAAAAACUAUGUUAAAUGUAAAUAACUGAAUGAUAAAAAUAAAUAAAAUGCAAAUAAUAAAACUUUGACAUGCAAGAAAAAUUAUGUCACAUUCACAAGUGUCCCAAUAAUUUGCACAGACUGAUAUUACAUCACUGGGCCUGUGCAAUUCAUAUAAACCGAUCAGCCACAACAUUAAAACCACCUGCCUAAUAUUAUGUAGGUCCCCCUCAUGCCGCAAAAACAGUGCCAACUCUGCUAUUCUCCUCACCAGAAUUGUACAGAGCAGUAAUCGGAGUUACCGUAGACUUUGUCAGUUCAAACCAUUCUGGCAAUUAUCUGUUGAUCUCUCUCAUCAACAAGGCGUUUCCAUCCACAGAACUGUCGCUCACUGGAUGUUUUUUGUUUUUGGCACCAUUCUGAGCAAAUUCUAGAGACUGUUGUGUGUGAAAAUCCCAGGAGAUCAGCAGUUACAGAAACUCAAACCAGCCCGUCUGACACCAAAAAUCAUCCAUGCGAUUAUCUAAUCAGCCAAACAUAUGGCAGCAGUGCAGUUCAUAAAAUCAUGCAGAUACAGGUCAUUCACAUUAACCAUCGGAAUGGUGAAAAAAAUAUAUAAAGUUGGAGUGGUGGUGGUGUAUGGAGUGGUGGUGGUGUAGUGGUCUAAGCACAUAACUGGUAAUCUGGUAAUCAGAAGGAUGCUGGUUUGAGCCCCACAGCCACCACCAUUGUGUCCUUGAGCAAGGCACUUAACUCCAGGUUUCUCCAGGGGGAUUGUCCCUGUAAUAAGGGCUCUGUAAGUCGCUUUGGAUAAAAGUGUCUGCCAAAUGCAUAAAUGUAAAUGUAAGUUACAAAAAAUGUCACUUUUUUGUGCUUCAGUUCUUGUACACAGUUUUCCCUUGGCACACCCAAAGCCUUAUUUCUGGCUAUGGUUUUCAAUUAUCCAAAUAUAUCAA